UCUAGAGCUUUUCACAGUAAACAAAAAUGGCGUCUCAGCUGCAGAAGAUCGAAGGAGACGAAUCUGUACUGCUCCGCGUAACACAUUCCAAUCUCAAGACCUUCUCCGCCGACAUCCGCUUCUCCCUCCAGAGCUCCGUCGAGUCCGUCAAGGACAAGCUCUGGCGCAAAUGCGGCACCUCCGUUGAUUCCAUGUCCCUCCACCUCUACGACGACGCCAACACCCUAGUCUCCACUCUCACCGACAACUCCAAACCCCUCGGCUUCUAUUCCCCUCACGAUGGAUUCCGGCUACAUGUUGUAGACUUGGAUCCUUCGUCGGUGACCUCCGGGGGUUGGCUGGAGGACACAUCGUUGGUGGAGAAGUACACCAUUUCACAGGAAGCUUAUGAGAAGAGGGACGGUACUUUCAGAAAAUUUAAGGACAAAUUGGUGUCGCAGAACCCAUCAGCAGUUGAGAACAAAAUACCAGAGAACUACAUGGAAGAUCUCUGUGUGAAUAUUAAGGUCGGAGAUAGAUGUGAAGUUGAACCAGGGGCUAAAAGAGGUGUUGUUAAAUAUGUCGGUCGGGCAGAACCUUUGGGUCCUGGUUUCUGGGUUGGAGUUCAAUACGAUGAACCUUUGGGAAAGCAUGAUGGCAUGGUGAAAGGAACGCGUUAUUUCAGUUGCCCCCCACUUCAUGGUGGAAUGGUUCGGCCAGAAAAAGUAAAGGUUGGCGACUACCCUGAACGAGAUCCAUUUGAGGAGGAUGAAAUUUAGGCAGGUCUUAAGGAGAGUACUUAUGUACUUCAUGUUUCGGCCUGACCCUUUAGAAGCAAUCAUGUUUAAGUUUCCUUAAUUACAUUUGUUUUAGUUGUAAUUUAUCAGGAGCGAGUUAUGCGUGUGAAAAAUCCUUUAGAGUGUUCAAGGCAAGGGAAAAGUUGUUGAGGUUCCUCAAGGGUCGGAGCAGAACCUUCGUUUUGAGUCUGCCACCCGUAGUAGGUUAUUACUGGAAUGCUUGCCUUGCAGCUUGUUGGGAGGAAAUCUGGGGAUAAAAGAGGGUAAAGAAACAAUGGUCUUGUCGAGAUUCUUCGGAUUGGGUUUUCUUACAACUGUGUGAAGAGUUUGCCAACUGGAGUUGGAAUUCAUUAUUUGUGAUGGGAUUAUAGGCUGCUAUGAAUGUGAAGUGGUUUAGUUGUUAUCA